AAGUAGGGAGUUGCCUUGGUGAUGGCGUGGGAGUUAUAUCGAUUGCAAGCUCUUCAACCCUCAUCCGGUUUUGUAUUUCCGGCAUGCAUGGCAGUUUGGUUGGGUCAGCCGUGCUGGUUUGCACAGUUCUCAUUCCUUUCGCCCAGCUCUAGGUUGUGUAAUCAGGUAUGGAAAAGCCUUCACUGAUGGAACUGAAGCGUCAACAGUGGGCUCGCGAAAGAGAGGAGGCAAAGAACGACUGGUGUCCGUGGGGUCGGCCAGGAUGUGGUGCACCUCUAAAAUGGCAACGGACCUCCGCUCGUAGCGAUUCACGCCUCACUCCUGCCGACAAUAAAAAAGAUGACAACUAUCUGCCUCCUCUCAAUUGGUCGACACAUCAACACGAGCCACUUCAAGCGCCCGCCACUGCACCACCACUGCCUCCACCUCGAGGUUCAAAGCGGCAUGUAAGUCACCCUGUGACUGACGGUGAAACUUCUGGCUACCAAAGCGACAAUCACUUUAUCGAUCCAUCAGUAAAUUACCAACACCGACAUCGUCAUCAACAAUCUACCCCUAGAGGACCCAACCUAUCAUCUUUACCGCCCCAUAGCCCUUCAGUAAUAAAGCUUUCAACUAAAGAGCAUGUAAGCUCGGAUCAUCACGAUGGCUCAAACGGUAUCUCGGCUAGGGCUGAUCACAAGUUCCUUGAGCGCAAGAAAUGGGUCCAAGACGGAACCGUACCCUAUGACUUGUAUCCAGAGUGCCUCCCUCAGAUUUACGAUAGAUCAACUCCACCUCGAUGGGUUGCCCGGCCGAUGAAUGUAUUUGCUCAAACCGAAUUUCAUACGUCAGGCGACAGUUCUAACAUCAGCCAUCGUGCUAUUCAGCAUUGCGCAACCAAUGCGGCUCCCAGCUUUCUGCGUGGUCAGAAUGUCAUGGUGGAUGUCGCCGAGUUGGCAGAAAGAGAGAGGAAGCGAGCCAAAGCCAAUGAACUGCAACGCGUGCUCCUUCAGCAGUUGGCCGAGAAGGAAAACCAAAAGCUUUUGGAGCGCAAAAGGCAACAGGAGGAAGAAGAGCGACAAGAGCAAGAGCUUCAGAGACAUUUGGAAGCCGAAAGACGACAAAUCGAAGAAGAACAAAGACGAAUUCAGGAGAAAAAGGAAGCAGAGGAACGGCGUUUAGAGGCAGUGAAAGAGGCCAUCGCCGGUGCCCAACAGAACGCCUUAGCGGAGAAACAAGCACGCAGGAGAAACCUACAGAACCGUUCGAUACCACCACCGGAGAAUGACCCAACAACUGCGGUUGACAGGUCAUCGUUCACUUCUACUGCCAGAAGUGAAGAAAGGUCGACGUCGACGCAGCCGCAGCCGCAAAACGAACUGAUCGAGCUACGGCAUGCCAUUCUAACACCACGUACGCCACAACAAGAAAAGGGCACUUUAACUCGCUCCUCAGUCGACGCAGAAGUUCAGACAGAUCAGCACCCUCAAGUUACUUGUCGAUGCGAAAACAACUCACGUUCCCGUCAGUUUCGACAGAGAAUUGCAGCAACAACAGAAGAUAGCACUGUGGAACGCCCGGCCACGCGAAUGUCUAUGAUAGCCAUCAAAAGUCAAACAUCCACCAGCACAGCCAGCCGUCCAUUAUGGGGUGCGCACAAGACAAGCGCGAAAUACCAAAGUCAAACGGAGAAGGAUCCGCGUUUUAUGCAACGUCGCCGUGAACGCCUCCGACGCCGCCAGAAGCUAUUACUUGAAAAGCAACUCCACGGUUCCUGGCCAUCAAGUGAGAAUUCAGGGAGCCAGGAAGAGAUGGGAGAUAUAUUCUUCCCGUUUUUACCUGGCAGCGGAACCGCCGAACCGCAUGAAAGAUAUUACGAAGCCCUCCAGGCCGCUGCAGUUAGUCGCUACUACAAGAAACCCCCAGCUACCAACACCCACCACAGUCAUGGCAAAUCGAUUGGAACCAACCAGUCAGAUGCAGAAUUGAUUCAACCCCUCCAGCCGAGUCCGGUACCGCUACCAUCCGUCGCCCCCACACGAUCCCAAUCAAGGCUGAUGUCGUCGCCACCUGUUCCAGCUGUCCUCAAAAAGAUCCAGAUGUUAAAUGGUGACACCACAUCUGGCGAGAAACAUGAAUGGGACAAUUACGAUUCGUCUGAUCAAGUUGUCAAAAUCGAUAAGGACUUCGAGAAUUUGCAAAUCAAAGAACAAAGGAUUUGCACGGAACAAGAUAAACAGGAUCUGCUCUAUCGCCUAUCUAUACUCAAGCAGAGUUUGGAACAGAGAAAAACGGCCUUAGAUAAAGUGUCUCUAAAUUCUCAAUGAUCACGGCUUCCUCAAGGAAUGUUUUAAGCUUCUGCCUCACUUCCGUAAACUUUGUGUUUGAUUUUCUGCGCAAAAAUAUACAGAUUUUUUACUUAAGAAAUACAGAAAAUGCAUGCGUGUCUAUAAUUUU